AUGUCCGCCUUCGUCGCUGCACGAGCAAUACGGACCUCACUGCGCGCACCGCGCGUCCUCACGAGGAACUUCCACUCCACAUUGCGGAGGCAAGACUUCUUUGUAGAUGUGAAUGAGGAGGCAUUCAAAAAGGCGAUCGCGAACAAGGACAAGAUCGUCCUCGUUGACUUUUAUGCGGACUGGUGCAAUCCCUGCAAAAUGCUUUCCCCAAUCCUCGAGAAGAUCACCACGGAUCCGGACACAAGGACGGGCAGCGGCAAGUCUAUCGACCUCGUCACAGUAGACACGGAGAUCGAAGGGGACCUCGCUCAGCAGUACAAGGUCACCUCGCUGCCGACGGUGAUGGCGUUCCAGGACGGAAAGCCCCUCGACCGCUUCGUCGGCGCCGUGCCCGAACCGCAGGUCCGCGGCUUCUUGGAGCACCUUUGA